AUGCAACUCACUUUGAUCGCUGUCGCCAUCUGGCUCUGCACGACUGCGCGCGCUCUCGACAUCAAUGGAGACACCCUCGACCAGACUAACCGAAGCAUCAGAUUCAGCCGUGACGGCACAGUCCACGCGUUCUUCGACGACGACUCCGCGAGCGAUGAUGACUGGCAGAAGUUCACUCACAAGGGCGGCGCCUUGAUGUGCGCUCUCAACGGCGACGACGAAGCAGCCGGCGUGCUGAUGGGCGACACGCGCACCCCGCCCUCUGCCGCAAGCCCAUGGACCGGCGAUCUGAAGCAGCAGCUCGCGGCCUGGAAGUGGACUGAGAUCGACCCGUCGAGCUACUCGUGCAAAAUGGACGAGCACUGGAAGAUCCCCGCAGCUAUGAAGGCGCUCGGGCUGAACGGCAAACCGCAGUCUGAGGGUGGAGAUAACGUGUGCCACCGCGUCGAGCAUUGGGAUCCGAGUCUCACGGUCGACGGACAGCGUGUUCCGGCGAUUAAUCAAUGGUACAACGUCGAGGGCACGGAAUACCAGGCCACCCAAGCACACUUCGAAUUUGGCGUCAACACCGCCGGCGGCGCGCUCUACGGCUUCUUCCUCGAGUCCGCGCCCCACGCCGCCAGCGCGCUCUGGCACGCCCACCGCCGCCCUGCCGACCCAGCGAAACUGCCCCGUCUGCGCGCCUUCUCCGACAUCCUGUGGGCGUACUGGGCGCGCGCCAACCCUGACGUCACCAACAUCCGGUUCUUCUUCAUGCUGGGUAUCAGCAACGACGAGACCAACCAACUCAUCGCGCGGUGUCUGCACAACGCGGGGAAAGAGUUGAGCGAAUGGCCUGGAGUGGAGUUUGGGGCGGACACAGAGGAAGGACAUGCGCUGAUUGGGAGUCCAAAUGGGGCGGCGUUUGCGUAUUUUUUGCUGCAGAGGAAGGGAGUGCUGGGCAGAAAGAGGGUGGAAAGAGUGACGGUGUUUAGGGCAGAGACGGAGGAUGAAGUGAUGUUUGUGGAUCCCUGUUUGGUAUUUCACGUUGGGGAUGUGAAGGUGGGUGAGGAGAGGGGGCAAUCUGCUGUCAGUUCUAAGCUCUGAGGGGAGGGUGUGACUGGAGGGUGUCAUGAGCGUGGAGCAAGUAUUGGCCUUGUGCAUUCUGAGAUACCACGGUCUACUCUU